UAGAUCUGUUCCAAAAUGUCAGACAUCUAAUCGCUGUUAUCACAGAGACACUGUCGUGCUAUCAGUUCUACGGCUGCGUAAGACUACUUUACUUAUUACACACCAACAUUAUUAGGAAAACGAAAAAGAAAAAGGAUAACAAAUUGUAUCAUGUGUGUGUCUAUAAUUUAGUAUUGUGUUCCUGCCAUAAUAUUAUAUUAUAUGUUUAAUGUUGCCGACCUCUGCCUCGCACUGAAAUUCUAUUAAAAUAUCGAUUGAGCACAUCAGUGUUGUGGCGGAAACCGAGAAUCCUUCGUGUUAUACUUACUUAUACGCGCUUAGCACAUAUAAGCACAAAUACACACACAAAAUGAUGGUCAGAUCGGAUCCAAAUAGCAUGGUCAAUCGCGUGCGCAGGACUUUGAACAACGCGAUUAGGGAUGAGAAUUUCUACAUGGCUCAUCAAUUGUACAAAUCGCUCUAUUCCAGAUAUAUAAGUAUGCAAAACAAAAACGCUGCCAUAAUGACCCUACAGGAAGGAAUUAUUGUCUUAUAUGAUAAUAAUCAAAUUAGCAUUGCUACCGAUUUAGCACAAUUAUUUGCGAAAUCCUUGUCAGCGCAACACAUCAUUCCUUCUGAAAAUAUGUUUGAUUUCAUAAGAGAUAUAUUUAGCAAGUUUGGUCCAUCACUAUCUGCAGAACGAGAUUCUAUGUUGAAUCCAAUCAUACAGUGGACAAUUGAACAUUGUCCAGAAUACUCAAUGGGACAUCCAGGUUUACAUAAACGUAUAGGAUAUAUCUAUUGGUCAGAGGCUAACUUUGCGUUAGCUCAACAUCAUUAUUUGAGAUCAACAGAUGGUUUAGCAUUCGCAGCUAUGUUGGUAGAAAUGCAUAAGACACGGGGACUAAAAUAUGAAGUUGAUUUAUUUAUUACACAAGUUGUACUGCAAGGGUUGUGUAUGCGUAACAUAUCAAUGGCACAGUCAACAUUUCAGUCAUAUACUAAGUUACAUCCUGCUAUAAAUGAUGAACCACCAUACAUUUUGCCCUUACUCAAUUUCAUAUGUUAUUUACUAAAAAUAUUAGAUGGUGGAAAACUAAAAACUUAUAUAGUACUUUGUGAGCAAUAUCAAUCAUCUUUGACCAGAGAUCCGAGCUACACUGAAUAUUUGGAUAAAAUUGGGCAACUUUUCUUCCACGUUAAGCCAUUUGAAAGGAGACCUAGACAACAACAUGGAUUUUUAGGUAAUUUGAUCAGUACAUUGAUGGGUGACUGUGAUCAUGAUGGAGAACCACGUCCAUCAUCCUCGCGUCCGAUAAAUGUAGAACCUCUUGAUUAA